CCAUCAUGUUAAGACCAGUAGAGCCAAUCUCCACCGUCCGAUCCUAACAACAUCACGCCAUAUAAACCAUACUCACCCACGCCUAGGGUUCCUCUGCCUCUCUCGACUCUCUUCCCGUUUCGGCUUCCGAUUUCUCUCUCGAUCUCAGUCUCUUCCCUCCGCCAUGAUCAUCGAGAAGAAGAACCGCAAUGAAAUCUGCAAGUAUCUCUUCCAAGAGGGGGUUUUGUAUGCCAAGAAAGACUACAACCUUGCAAAGCACCCAUUAAUCGAUGUCCCCAAUCUUCAAGUAAUCAAGUUGAUGCAGAGCUUUAAAUCUCGAGAGUACGUGAGAGAGACAUUUGCAUGGGAACACUAUUAUUGGUACCUCACUAAUGAUGGUAUUGAGUACCUCCGGACUUAUUUGAACCUUCCAUCAGAAAUCGUUCCUGCCACUCUGAAGAAGGCUCAGAAGGCGCCUGCUCGGCCUUUUGGGUCUGGUCCUCCUGGUGAUCGCCCCAGGGGUCCACGCUUCGAAGGUGACCGCCCAAGGUAUGGAGACAGAGAUGGUUACAGGGGAGGUCCACGUGGUGGCCCUGGUGAUUUUGGUGGUGACAAGGGUGGUGCUCCUGCUGAGUAUAAUCCAUCAUUCAGGGGUUCUGGUGGCAGGCCUGGGUUUGGCCGUGGUGGUGGUGGUUUUGGUGGUCCUUCGCCGUCUAUGGAGUAGAUUUGUGUGUUGCGUCUCUUUAUGCUUCCUUUCAGAACUUUGUACUAGGGAACUGCUCAUUUUUGUGUUUCUUCAGAAGUAUUGUCUAGUUUAUCCUGCAAACGUGUUUGAUUAUGCUUUGCCAUGAGCUGAACCUUUUUUAAGUUUAUUAUAGCUGUUAACCUUCGUAAUGAUGAUUAACGGUGGAUCUUGGUUACAUGGUUAGUAUUAUGGGUU